AUGUCCUGGUUCCGUCCUCCACCACCACACACUCAACUCAGACCAUGGGUUCCGGACGCGAUCUUCAUCCCGAUCUCUCGCGCCGUUGAGCGCGUAGGAGUGUUCUUCUACAACCGUGUCUUGAACAAGACCGAGAUUGGAUUGUUCGAUAAGAGAUGGAACAAGAACGUCCACGGACCAUACUGCCACUGGAGAUACUACGGAAAGCUCGACACCAAGUUGAUGGACGUUAAGCUCGGAGAGCUCCCAGCUUGGAUCGCUCGUCGUGAUAAGACCCCAUCGGCCUUCUACAACGAGUUCAUGCGCAACGUCUGGAGAGUCCACAACCUUUACUACUCAGGACCAGUUUACAAUAACACCGUCAAGGUCAUCUUCCGCUUCAUCUUCGCUUACUCGUUCCUCAAUUGGCUCGUUAAGUCGCACCGUUACGUCGACUUCCAGAAGACCAUGUACCAUUGGUAG